AUGGACGUCAUUGCUGGGUAUCCAUUUUCUUCUUCUGGCACAGGCUGUGCAAUUUCGUUGUUCAUCUUUGGAGCUAUUCUGCUUUUUGUAUUUCACAAAAACCAGCCAUUCGUAACCAUAAACUCGCACUCGUGGGAUAUUUUCCGAAGCAAAUCCAAGCGAGAAUUUGAAUCAAAUGCAGAAAGCCUCAUCAAGAAUGCACUACGAAAGGGACUUUCGGCCUUUCAAUUGGUAACAAACAUGGGUACCUAUCUGAUCCUUGCGGAUCGAUACGCCGAGGAAUUGAGAAAUGAUGAAAGAUUUAGUGCUUAUGAUGCUUUGAAUGAUGUGAUCCUCCUGGAACUCCCAGGAUUUGAAACUAUGUUUCAGGGCUCAUUGCAUAAUCAUGUGUCCCCUACUGCAAUUCAUGCUAUGAACAGGGAGCUAGUCCAAUUGACUCGUCCACUCUCAAAUGAAGCAGACCACUGUCUGCAAGCUCAGUGGACCGAGAAUUCCGAAUGGCACACUGUUUCAAUCCACGACACUGUCUUGGCCUUGGUUGCUCAGAUGACCACGCGGGCAUUUGUUGGAGCUAAGCUUUGUCGUAAUGCUGAAUGGCUCGAUAUUGCCAUUAGCUUUACGAUCAACCGCGCUAUUGCCGUCCAGGCAAUCCAGGCUUGGCCGUGGAUCUUCCAACCAGUCGUCCACUGGUUCUUGCCCACGUGCAAGGCUGUUCGUCGUCAGAUUCAGCGAGCUCGGGAAAUUCUGAUGCCAGUUUUAGAGCACGACAGGCGGAAUAUACACAGCAAAGCCUCACUCACCGACCGGGUAUUCUCGACAUUGACUUUCAUUGAUCAGUAUGCCCAAGGAGCGCGCUACGACGCUACCAUGGCCCAGCUAAGACUAACCGCUGUGUCUGUUUUGACCACUUCAGACAUGGUGGAGAAGGUACUGGCAAGAAUUUGUGAACACCCAGAGCUAAUUCAGCCACUCCGUGAGGAGGCAAUCUCGGUCUUUGAGAGUAGUGGCUUGCACCACAACUCCCUACUCAAACUAACACUGAUGGAUAGCGUAAUGAAAGAAAGCCAGCGGCUUGAACCUGCCACACUCAUAUCCAUGUUCCGUGUGGCCAAAAAGAAGGUCACAUUGCAAGAUGGCACAACUAUUCCUAAGGGUGCCAGCAUUGCCUUUGCAAACGAUCUUCGGUUAGACCCAUUGAUGUAUCCGGAUCCUGAAACCUUCGACGGUUAUCGAUUUGAAAGAAUGAGGAAAGUUCCGGAGCAGGCUAGUCUCGCUCCAUUCACCAAAACAAGAACUAGUCACUUGGCUUUCGGUCAUGGGAAACAUGCUUGUCCUGGCAGGUUCCUUUCUUGUGAUGAAGCUAAAUUGAUUCUUUGUCAUAUUUUGCUCAAGUAUGACUUCAAACCAGCGGAUGGACGCGUCCCAGAUCUGCGUAUUAGUGGCAUGUUUAUCCAGAGGGAUACAGGAGGGAUGCUCUCGGUCAGGAGACGCCAGGAAGAAGUCACACUGUGA